UCAUUAUUUAGAUUUUAUGUCGUCUAUGGACUCAAAAUAAAAGGCAGCGGUUCCAACUUAUUAACUUAAUGUAAAUAAUUCAAAUUAGCCAUAGGUUGAAAUCAAUUCAAAUUAGUUACCUGAAAAUGAACCUUAGUCAAAUUAGUUACCUGAAAAUGAACCUUGGUCAAAUUAGUUACCUGAAAAUGAACCUUAGUCAAAUUAGUUACCUGAAAAUGAACCUUAGUCAAAUAAGUCAUCUCAUAAUGAACCUUAGUCACUUAAUAAGAAGAGUUAAAUUGAUGAAAAUGAUGCAGCCAUGUAUGUAUAAUGACUUAAUGCUGCACUAGGAAUGCUAAAUUUGAUUUUAAUCAAGGGAUGCUUGAUAACCAAGAUAUUCCAUUAUUAAGUGAACUAAAUUAUUAUGAGAAUAUCUUAAUAAUACAGGAUUGUGAUUGAAUAC